AUGUCAAGACUCCCUUCAAGAGAAGGCGCUCGGCAAAAGCGUGACGUAGAGGAUCGGGGUUAUUCGUGGAAACGUCUCCUUUCGCUAUCCUACGCGAAGUGCAAUCACGUCGAAAGCGGGAUUAAAACGACUGAAAACGACGCCGAAGGUCUUGGAGAUGACUCCCAUCGUCUUUUUCCAGCCCUUGAUGAACUGGCGACGACGCGCCCCACGGGGCGGCCGUGCCUCCAGCUCCUCGUAACAGUUAAUCUUGCCGCCUCCUCAGCACUUUGGCACAAUCCAUCACUGUUCCAGCUCUUCAGACAACGCAGCGAGUACGCUUUCCGCUAUGGUUUGAAAUGCACUGCAUUCACAUUACGCAAAUGCCUGUCUCAAGCGAAAAUAGGGCAAGCGUUCGAGAAUCAAAGAUGGCCGCCCGAACGCGGGAAAAUCAACAGUCCGUACUGCGACGGCGUGUUCGCGGGAAACUAUUUCGGGUUCAAUUUAUCGCUUGAGCGGCAACAUCCACUCGAUGUUGACCCGAGCAUAAAGCCGUGUAUUGUCCAAGAUUACAAUGGUUUCGCGUGUAAU